AUGGUGGUCAUAUCACGAUUAAGCUUCUACUCUUCUUUCUUGUUACUGCUACGGCUCGUCGCCGCUCAAAACAGCCCUUCUGAAGAUGAACGGUCAGGGUUCUCUUCAACCACGGGUAUAGUCAUGAUCGUGCUGGUCAGCGUUUUCUUCGCACUUGGAUGUGUCUCCGUCUACAUGCGAAGGUGUCUCGAGCAAACUCUAGGGUUCAACGAUGAUCGACCUGGUGACCCGGGAAACUGGAAUAACGUGAGACAGACGGCGCGUGGGCUCGACGAGUCUGUCAUAGAAACGUUCCCCACGUUUCGUUACUCCACCGUGAAGACGUUGAGAAUCGGCAAAGAAGCGUUGGAGUGCCCCGUUUGCCUCAAUGAGUUCGAGGACGACGAAACGCUUCGUUUGAUUCCUCAAUGUUGCCACGUGUUCCAUCCUGGUUGCAUAGAUGCCUGGCUACGUUCUCAAGCCACGUGUCCUCUCUGCCGCGCCGAUCUGGUGCCUGUACCGGGUGAGUCUGUUUCUUUCGAGGUACCCGGCUUAGCCAGAGAAACCGGUCAUAACUCUCCCCGGACGCCGAUUGAUGAUAGCCGGAGAAGCAUUUUGAGUUCUCCGGACGAGCGGAUGAUUGACUCAGUGGCUUGGACAGGUAACCAGAGCAUGCCUCGUAAAUCCAUGUCUACCGGGUGGAAAUUAGCCGGAUUGUUCAGCCGGUCAAGUUCGACCGGUCAACCAGGGGAAAAUCUAGACCGGUUCACGCUAAGAUUACCCCAAGAGAUUCACGAUCAGCUGGUGAGCCAAGGGUCAAAAGGCCAUGUGGCGUUACCUCAAGAGAGGAGCUCGAUACAAGGGUACAGAACUGGAAGCCUAGGGACAGAAAGAAACUAUUUCUACUUUGAACGGUUUGAUCAAGACGGUCGGUUCGACCGAAGACCGUUCUCUAUGACUCCUCCAUACCGGACCGGUUCCAUCCAGUCUCCUGUUAUCGACGGCAACGGUAAUUACCAGGAGCGUGCUGGUCCCGCUAAAGGUUUGCUUCUAGCAAUCAGGUCACCGUUUAAUCGGUUAUUCACUGGAAAGAACAAUGUCGGUGAACGUUCGUACCUUCGAUCCGGCGAUGCGAGUCCUGUCUAG